GACGCUUGGGGGAAGGGAUUCCUUCCAACCUGAGCCACUUUGGGUGGCCUGGGGGUGCCCCCAGGGCAGGGGGCAGUGUGUGCAGGGGCCCUUUGUGACACGUGCAGCAUGGUCACCAUGGCAUGGAACAGUGUGUCCAAGGGCCCUUUGUGACACGUGGUGACAUAGGAGCUGACAGUGACAGGACCAUGCCACAGUGCUCCGAGCACGCGACAGGACAGGACGGGACAGAGCAGUGCUGUGAGGAGUCCUCGCACAGCGCACUCGUUCGUGUCUGACCCAGAGAUUUCUGAGGCGUUACUCCUGCAGCUGACCUCAAGGCCAGACCACAGGACUUGCUGACCUGUGGCCUUCCUGAGGCUUCUCUUCUGCAGGUGCCCUGGAGGGCAGAGCAAGGGACUUGGUGCCCUGGAGGCAUCUCCCAUCCCUGCCACCAGUGCCCUUGAGGCAAGAGCACAAUCCUUGACAGGAGUCUCCUGUCCUUGUGGCAGGAGCCCUCGAGACCAGAGAGAAGGACUUGCUGUCCUGUAGCCUUCCUCAGGCUUCUCUCUUGAAGGUGCCUUGCAGGCACGAAAGCAGGACUUGCUGACUCGGAGCUUUUCCGAGGCAUCUCUCCUGCAAGUAGCUAUAGAUCCAGUCACUGACAUGGAGCAGAAACCCCUAAGAGUGCCCAAGCUGGCCGGGGUGGAGGAAGAGGACAAAGGCCCUGGAGCUGCCCCAGGGCAUGAGACUGAAGAGGUGGUGCCAUUCAAGCAGCUGCAGGAGGAUGCAGCCCUGGAGCGGACACAAGAACAGGAACCCGCCCGUGGCCGCUUCCGCAGAACAGCGCAGACCAUCCGUCAAUUCAUCACGUGCAUUUGGCAGGAAGAGAGCACAGGUGUGGGCACCGGGAUCUUGGCAAGCUUUCACCUCUUCAGUGCCGAGACCAGUGCUGCCAUGCUGGAUUUGCUGGUGGAGAAGGGUGUCUCCAAUGCAAAGCAAGUGCCAGCCAUGGUGAGGUACAUCCACCGGUGGCUCACGGCCAACGAGUCUGCUGAGCACAGGCUGGACAAGGCCCUUCUGGAGCUGACCAAGGAAUACCCCUCUGACGUGCUGAUCACUCUCUUGCGCUGGGCCCCAUCGUGUGACAGAGCUGCCGUGACCAUGUGGGGGACCAUCAUGUCCUCGAGCAGGACCGCGGAUCCGGCGCUGCAGAUCCUCCUCGAUGUGCUGAGCGCCUGGCCAGAGGACAGCGUGUACACCUCCGAUGGGGACAGCACAGGGGUCUUUGCCCUGGCUGCAACAGUAACAAUGUGGAGGGUCUUCAAUCUGACCUGGUGCCCACCUGUAGUGCAGGUAUAUUUCCCCAAACUCCUUCUGCGUCUGCUCUUCCAAGCUUACAUCAGCACGCUGGAUAUGCCAGAAGAGGUGGAUACCUUCUGGAAGAGAUGCCAGGAGCAACACGACCUUGCUGCCCACCCCAACAGCUUUGCACUGCAGACCCUGAAGGCCCUGCUCUGCCAAAUGCAGUACGAUGACGUGGUGGUAGCAAUGGAACGCAGGUGUGCCUGGAACAUGCUGCUCUGUGCCCACACCCACCACUAUGCAGUGGGUCUGCUGGCCAGGGAGAUGCGCCGUGUCUCCAUCAUCUGGCGCUGCAGGAUCGCAUCCUGCCUCUUUGACCUACUCAGCCAAGACAUUUCAGACUGGGAACUGCCCGCCCUGACGUUCCUGGUGGAGGUCCUGGACUGCCUGGACUUGAGUGAAUGCGGUGAAAAGGUCCUGCAGAUCAUGACAAGGCACCUGAAGAGACGGUCCAGAGAGAUGCGUCGCGUGGCACUCAGAGGCCUCGUGGUGCUCAGCCAGGACCCCUCGAUGAACCAAAGAAUGUACAGCCUGACUGAAAGCCUUGGCAACCUCCUGCGGGCCGUGGAUGAAGACAUUGUUGAGAUGACCCUCGUUGUUCUCAGCUCUCUGCUCUUCAACAAAGAGAUAGCAAUAGCCAGCCCCAUCGCCCUGCAGCUGGCUGAGGCGCUCUGGCAACUCUUCGACAAUGACAACAGCCUUGUGAAGCUGCUCUCCGUUCGCCUCUUCCAAGAGGUGAUGAACUUGGUGGUGGCCAAGGGAAAAAAGCCCCUGAAGAAGCAUGUGAGGCAGAGCCUGCUCCCACUCUUCUUCAACUGCCACGAUGAGAACUGGGGUGUGGCACAGGCCUCUCGGGAAACGCUGCUUUCUGCAGUAAGGUUCCUGAAGAGAAGGGAUCUUCAGCACCUGGUGAACACAGAUCAGAUGUGGAGCUUUGCUGAGCGCUUGGUAAGGACAGCCCAGAAGCCCCAGCCCCAGCCUGGAGAAGCCGCCUGCCCACGGUGCCCAGUCUGUGGGGCUGGCAGCUGCAGCCCCUGCCCAGUGCUGCACGCAGGGGCACCGGCCGGCGCCCCACACGCCGCUGCCUUCCCGGGGCCACCCGGGCUCUGCUCCAGGCUCCUCUGGCCCCAAGCCCGGCGCUGA